UAAGUGCAAUGGAUUCCCAUUGGCCAUUCACACUCAAAUUUUAGAUCUCUAAAAUUUCCAAACUUUCAACCAACACCACAAACGCCAAUACUACAAACUCACACACAAAAAUAUUCAUUUAUACCUCACAUAACACAACACAGAGAAAAGAAAACUCCUCACUUCCAUUCUUACAUAUCGGGAAAAAAAAUUAAAAAAAAAAUUCAAAAAGAAAAUGGCCGCAGUCACUACACAAGCCUCGGUCGCCAUUCUCCGGCCGUGCGCGUCUAAAACCCGGUUCUUAACCGGUUCGUCCGGGAAAUUGAACCGGGAAGUGUCGGUUAGGUCGGCAGUCUCAUCCUACAAUUCAUCACUCAAGGUUGAAGCCAAGAAAGGCGAAUGGCUCCCCGGAUUGGCCUCUCCAACUUAUCUCGACGGCAGUCUCGCAGGAGACAACGGAUUUGAUCCGUUGGGCCUGGCCGAGGACCCGGAGAACCUCCGGUGGUUCGUCCAGGCCGAGCUCGUCAACGGGCGGUGGGCCAUGCUCGGCGUGGCCGGAAUGCUGCUGCCGGAAGUCCUGACGUCGGCCGGACUCAUCAACGUCCCGAAGUGGUACGACGCCGGGAAGGCCGAAUACUUCGCCUCGUCGUCGACGCUCUUCGUGAUCGAGUUCAUCCUCUUCCACUACGUCGAGAUCCGGAGGUGGCAAGACAUCAAGAACCCGGGAAGCGUCAACCAGGACCCGAUCUUCAAGAGCUACAGCUUGCCCCCGAACGAGGUCGGCUACCCCGGCGGCAUCUUCAACCCCCUCAACUUCGCCCCGACUCUCGAGGCAAAAGAGAAGGAGGUCGCCAAUGGGAGACUAGCAAUGCUGGCAUUCUUGGGAUUCAUUAUUCAACACAACGUGACUGGAAAAGGGCCAUUCGACAACUUGUUGCAGCAUCUGUCUGAUCCAUGGCACAACACCAUUAUUCAGACAUUCAAUUAAGGGUUGAUUUGCAUACUAAUUAAUGUAAUGAAAGAUUAUGUUUUUUUUUUGUUAGUGUAAUCUGAAUUUGUUGAUGUUUUGGACUGGGAUUUGAGUCACGUUUAGUGUACAGGACUAGAUCAUUGACACUUUCUCAAGAAAAACAAUCUUUCAUUAAUCAUUGAUAUAUUGUUUUA